AUGGCCGAUACGACGGUAAAGAGCCUGCGGGCGAGCCUGUGCUCGCAGGAGACGCCCCUUGCUGUGCAGUUUCGAGCGCUCUUUUCACUAAAGCACCUUGCGACUACCUCCGAGGACAGCGCCGCUAUCGCCGCGAUCGAAGCCAUUGCCGCCGGAUUCGCAUCGCCUUCGGCGCUGCUCAAGCACGAGCUGGCAUACUGCCUGGGCCAAACAAAGAAGGAUGCCGCGGUGAAACCACUGCGCGAUGUCUUGUCUGAUCUCCAGGAAGAUCCCAUGGUCAGGCACGAAGCGGCCGAAGCGCUGGGCGCCCUGGGUAAAGCCGAGAACCUGGACAUUCUCAAGCAAUUCCGCGAUCGCGAGGGCGAGGAUAUCGCAGUUAAGGAAACGUGUGAGAUCGCCAUCGACAGGGUAGAGUGGGAGAACUCUCCAGAAAGACUACAGGAAAAGUUGCGACAGAGUGACUUUGCCUCCAUCGAUCCCGCUCCGCCCAUGCCCGAGUCCGAGAAGAGUGUCGACGAUCUUGAGAAGGUGCUCAUGGACGUGAACAAGCCCCUGUUCAAACGCUAUCGCGCCAUGUUCGCCUUGCGCGACCUUGCGUCGCCGCCAGACUGUGCGACUGCUGUCCCCGCUGUCCUUGCGCUCGCGCAAGGCUUCAAGGACGAGUCUGCGCUGUUCCGCCAUGAGAUUGCCUUCGUGUUUGGCCAACUCUCGCACCCUGCCUCCAUACCUGCGCUCACCGCAGCGCUCAGCAACGUGAACGAGGCGGGCAUGGUUCGGCACGAGGCUGCUGAAGCCCUCGGCGGACUCGGCGAAGAGGAGGGCGUUGAGGAUACCCUGAAGCGCUUCCUUCACGACAAGGAGACAGUGGUGCGCGAGAGUGUUAUUGUUGCUCUGGACAUGGCCGAGUACGAGAAGAGCGGUGACGCAGAGUACGCCCUGAUCCCGGAGGCUCCCGCUGCCUCUGCUUGA